UCGGGUCGUUGCCUGCGACUCGUGCUACAAAAAAAAGAUCAAGUGUGAGGCUGACAACCACCAAUGUAACUAUUGCUUGCACCGUAAUAUUGCCUGUACGUAUAGCCGACUGGCCCGGGGCUCCAAUAAAAGAAAAGCCCCGGAAGCGGACCCAAAUGCCGCCAGGGGCUCUUGGGAUGAGCCGCUUGCCAUGCGGCCGCAUUCCUCCUCUACGAAGGUUUCAAUGGUCAAUCUGGGGUUGAUGUAUCUCAACGGGAAGCGAGAUAGCGCCGAUGAGGGCCGGGCAUGGGUGGAAUCUCGCACCGGGGAGAUCGUGAACAUGGAUAAAUUGAGCACAUUGGAGCUUCCAUGGGCCAGAGUCGGUCCUGUCCGGGACUCUUCCGCCGUACCUCAGCUCCCCGCUCGCCCCAUGGUGGAGCGAAGUGUUGCUUCAUACUGUUCAUCAUAUCAGAGCCUCGUGUUUCCGGUCAUCAGCAAGUCACUGUUCGCCAACACCCUGGAUCUCGCGUACGGGCCACACCGUUAUGGUUCCGACAGUGCCAAGUCCUGCAUCUAUGCCUUAUUGUCGGUGGUGGCGAUCUUUGGCCUGGAGAAUGAUCUGGGCGAUGCACUGGACUGCGAGGCGUAUGCCAUAGCGUCCCAGAGCUUCACAGUCCCGAUCAUCAAUGAAAUGACCAUGGAUGGUCUUCAGGCGCUUGUCAUGCUUACACAGCACCAUUACUUCCUAGGUGACUUACAAAGUGCGGCGGUCUCCGUGUCCAUGGCCAGCCGUCUAGUAUUCAAGCUGGGUGCGCAUGCGAGACCUGGCCCCACCAUCUAUCACAAGAGCAUACCCGAAUGCCAUCUGCGCGACCUGUUCUGGCUCUGCUACUCCUUUGAUCAGGAUCUCUGCCUCAGAACUGGACAGCCCCCGUCGAUAUCCGGGGUGUUCUGCUCCCUGGACCUCCCGACACAUUACGCACAGCUGCAGGACACCAAUCUGCAGCACCCCGAGCAGACUUUGGCCAUCACGGAUGCCAUGCUCCCUCUCUAUCCCUGGGACCUUCGUCUCUCCCAGCUCAAAGCCGAGAUCUACGAGGCUCUCUACUCCGCGACCGCGUGCCAGAGAUCCAAUUCGGAGUUCUUCGCCCAAAUUCGCCGCCUCGACCAGGCCUUGGAACAUUGGCGCCUGAGCCUGGCUCCGGAUAUCCGGCCGACGCUUCAAUUCUCCGUGGGAAUGCCCGUCGACGCCCAGCUUAAUACACAGGCCGUGAUGCUGCGACUGGCCUACUACCACUGCGUCACCAUCAUCCAUCAAGCCACCGAGCGGCAUCACGAUGGGCCCGGGAUAUGUUCGAGUUUGAGUCUCGCCAUCAGGGCCAGUCGGUCCAGUCUGGCAUUCCUCCAGACCGCAUUGCCCGUGGUCGCAGGCGAAUGCUUUUGGGUUGUCAUGUUCUACGCGAUCACUUCCAUCCUGACGCUCUUUCGCAACAUCCUCAGAAACCCAAGAGAUCCUGCCAUGGCGGAUCUGGCGGAUGUGCUGCAGGGGGUCCCGAAUCUGAUCGGCAAGAUCCCCAUCCGGACGCUGACGGUGGGCCCGAUGAUUCAUCUAAGGUUCUUAAACAAUUUCGCCACCGAGCUUGCUAGGCUCGCUAGAUGUGCUAUGGCCAAAGCUGAGCGUGAGGUUGCUGCCAGCGACGAGCAUUCUUUACCGUAACUUGUGCCCUCUCAUGUGCAGUCGCGCGUGUCCAAGAAAAAG